AGGUCGCAGAUGGUUGUACUGCUGCUCUCCCUCCCUCUGCUCUGCAGCCUAACCAGAACCAUGCUGCUGAGAAUCUUUGUUUCUGUCUUUGUUGUUGGACUCCUGAGGUUGGACUCAGAGGGAUUCACAGAUACUGGCCCAUGGCUGUGCCAGCCAGCGCCCAGGUGUGGGGACCAGACCUACGACCCCUUGGAGCAGUGCUGUGACAAUGACACCAUCCUGCCCCUGAAUGCAACCCGGCUGUGUGUCCCCAACUGCAUCUUCUAUCCCUGCUUCCAGCACUGCUGCCUGGAGUCCCAGGGUUCUCAGAAUCAGGCAGUGGUGACAUUCAAGGUCCCAGGCAUGAAGCCCGACUGCAGGUCCUCCUCCAUCUCCAGGAUUUGUGCCCAGGAACACCACCCAACCACCCUUCAGCCAAAUAUGACUUCAUCCAGACCAUCUGAGAGAGCAGAAUCUGGUAUCUAGUAAUCAGUCAUGCUGAGGUUUUUAAUUAUUGCUAUGAUCUGAGUGAGUCCCCCAAGUUCAGGGGGUGGUAUGCUAAUUUCUUUUUUCUUUCUUUCUUUUUUUUUUUUUUGGAUAUGCUAGGGAUUGAACCAGGGCCUUAAGCGCUCUACCAACUGGGAUAUAUCCCCAGCCUGGGAAUCUUAAUUCUUCAAUGCUGGAGUGACUCCUAGAGAAGGGGAGGUUGGGAGUAGGUGGGAGUGUUGAGGACACAGGGGGUGAAGCCCUCAUGAAUGUCUUAGUGCCAUCUGCUAGGAGUGCAUUCUCCUUCUCUCCAGAUUCAUGACCUUAAGAGCGGGUUGUUAUAACAAGGCUACUCCUCAUGCUUUUUCUACUCUCAGUGCAUCCACUGCCCUUGUACCUUCCACAGGGAGUUCAGGUAGCAUGGGGCCCUCACCAGAUGUUACCAUGUGAUCUUGAACUUUCCAGACUCCAGAACCAUGAGUCAGAAUAAACUUCUUUCCUUAUAAAUUACUCAAUCUAGGGCAUUUUAUUAUAGUAACAGAAAACAG